CUCUCUCUGAUAUAAAUAUACAAAUUUACAUACAUAUACACAUACACAUAGACACAAGCAUUAUAAUUAAGGCCACGCCUCUGAGUCUAUGUGAUUUGUGACAUUUAAAAAGCAGAGGACACUAGACUCAAAACAACAUGAAAAUAGCCUAAAAUGGCAGCACAUCUGUGUACAAUCUUCUCGCUGUUCAGUGCAGUGAUAGUGCCAAUGCUUAAAGCAGAGCUGACGGUGAACGCUACUCCUGCAAUCUAUACAGUCGGCCUGACCAAAAAUGUGAAGGUUGAAUGUUUGUUCUCACGGGAUCAAAGUACAAAUCUAGUGUUUGUAACAUCCCUGAACCUAGCUCACUCCAAGACAACCGACAAUCCAGAGUUCCAAGAUCUCAUCUCUAUAACUUCUUUCGACUCUCAGGUUUAUGAAAAUGUCAAUACAUCUCGUACACAGGUUUACGGCGUCAUUGACAACAAGGGGAAAUCAUUUCUGGGACUUGUUUGGGAUUUCCUGACUGUGGAUAGAGCCGGCGUGUACAAGUGUGAAGCCGCUGGGCUAAACAAAAUGGGCAAACAUGUUGCUCUUUCUAACUCCACUAUCAUCACGGCUUUGAAACCAGAAAAUGAUCAAGUCAUUGAGAUGGUUCAGAAUCUAAUGACCCAAGUGGAACUUCUUCGGACUCAGAUAAACCUGACAACAAAAUAUCAUGCCGAGUUGGACAAUAAAAUCAAUCAGAGUUCUAACUAUACAACCAAUCUUCAAUCUCAAUUAAACGAAGCAAAUGCCAAAAACUUAAAUUUAGAAGAUCAAAAAAAUCAAUUGACUAAGCUUGUUGAAAACUAUCAGUUACUCUCUACUAAACUAGAUGUCAACGAUCAAUUGAAGGAAGCGAAUAACAGUAUCCGAAUUAUAUUAGAAAAGCUGCAGAUGAAUAUAUCACUUAUGAAAGAAGAACUUGAAGAUAUGCUUCGAUUUAAAGACAUUAUAACUUCAACUUUUGAUCAUCUCAAAAAUCUUUUUUUAACGCCAACUCAUCCUUACAAUGGCAAAAGAUACUGGCUGACCAAAAACCACGCUUCUGUGACCCCCAUCCUGGCUCUCUUGUUUUGCGAGUUUCGUGGCGGUUAUUUGGCUGAAAUUGACUCGCCAGAGGAGUACGCAUUCGUGAGGGACCACUUGUUGACAAGAAGUGAAGUGGAGUUUGUAUACGUCAGCGGAAGUGACGAGGAACAGGAAGGACAUUGGAAACACAGAAACAGCAAAACAGAACUGACGUAUUUGAAUUGGGGAGAUAAUGAAGGCACAGACGGUCGACAAGUUAACUGCAUCGCUUACUAUAGAGGAAGAAAUUGGCUCUUGGCUGACGUAGGAUGUCCUAUACUAACUGAAUUUGCAAAUAAUAUGGGUUAUUUAUGUGAAUUACCGUCAUAAAUACAUGUCUCAUGUGGUGUCGCAAUACUGAAGUUAGAAGUAAACAAAAAAUUAUAAUUAUUAAAUUAAAAUAAAAUGUGGUAACACAUAUUUGCAUCUUUUAUAUAUUUAAUUCUUAUAACAAAAGGAAUUCGUUGUAUUAGUCAUUGCAGCUAAUUUUGUAUUUUUUAAAAUUACCUUGUUUGAUACCAACAAGGACAUUGAUCUUUCAGUAUUCACAGAUACUGCAAAAUAUAUAGGGUUUAGUCUACUUAGGUAAAUGAACACGCUAUUUAUCCUACACCCAUUCUCCUAGAAAUUUAAACAAUUGUUCAUUGUAUUUAUCUAAUCAGGAGUGAAUUUAAAAAUUAACCAAUUUGUCAAUUAAUUAUUGGUAACUAAUUAUUGUUUAAAAUCAAAUAAUGGAAAUACAUUCUACAUUGUUGAAAAUAGCC